AUCUCUUUCCUUCGAAAUUGUGAAAUGGAAAUAAGUAUUCAGUUUGAGAGCCCCACGUUUUUAUUUAUUUCAAUUUUCAAUUUUCUACAAUUUUUUUUAAUUAAAUUUAGUGGCUGAAUGGCAAAAACCGGACCAGCGGCUCAAUCGGCUCGAACGGUUAACCGCCUCGGCCGCUCACCAACCACUACAUAAAACCGGAGCGGCUUUUAGAUUGUUUCGAGUCGGUUUUAUGACCAGGUGGCGGUUUUACCGGUCGGGCCGAGCGGCUCGACUUUAAUAACACUGGUAUUUACCGUAAAAAAAAAAACAGCAUUUCAAAGAGAAUCUGGUUUCGAGGAAAGGAGAUUAAGCCAGGGGUGUUUACGUUAAGGAGACAAUGGAACAUUUGUUUUGGUUAUGCCCGGUGGCUAGGGCCCUUUGGGAUCACUCGGGUCUUGAUGAUUUGGGUCAGGGGUUGCCGCGCCAUUCUUUUCCUUUUUUCCUAAAAAAGUUGAUGGCUAUAGUAUCCCCGGCCCAGUGGUGGGCGGUGGUGGCCCUCUUGUGGCGAAUCUGGCGAUCAAGGAAUUGGGUGGUGUUUGAGGGCAAGUAGUUCGGGAUCCCGGCACUCAUGCGCCAGUACCAUCAACAGCAUCAAGAGUGGGCCCACCUUCCUAUGGACCAGGGGGUUCGGCGGGAAGCAGUGCCACCGCAGCCAGUGCUUGGAGCUGGGGAUGAUAGGAUGGUUUGUCAAUGGGAUGGGGCCACUAAGUGCGGGUCCCACUCGGCAGGCGGGAUGGUCCUCUUAGACCAGGAGGGCCAGACCAUUAUUGCGCAUGGGACGCAGUACCCUGUUGUGGACGAUCCUAUGGUGGUUGAGUUGCUAGUGCUUCGGGAGGCGAUCCUUUGGUGCUUGGGGAUGGGGCUUUCGGCAGUUCGCUUUGAGGGGGAUGCUAAGGUGGUGAUCGACAAGGUCCUGCAAGCGGAUAACAGGGAUAGCCGAAUGGGGGCGAUUCUGGAGGAGGUUAUAGGAUACCUUUCGGUUCAUCGUGGCUUAAGUGUGCGAUUCGUAGGUCGUAGGAAUAAUCGGGUUGCCCUUAGGGUGGCCAGGAAAGCCCUUUUAUUGUACCCGGCUGCAAGUCGCUGUUUUGAUUUCAAUGGCUGGCUUCGUGCCAGGAUGUAACUCUCUUUUUAUCAAUACUAGUUUUUUACCCGCCCGUUUGGCCUGUGCAUUACAUUUGAUUAUUUUAUAAUUCGUAAUAGUAUUCUAAUCAUUAUUAUCAUUUAUGUUUGUUGAUUUAAUAUACAUGAAAUUGUAAAUCUCACUUACCUUAUUUAGAAAAUGUCUCAUACUUUUAUACCUUUUUUAUUUAUGAAAAAUUUAAUUGUAUUAACUGAGCUCUUUGUAGACCGUUCUUUCCCUUCUCCUAUGUCGGUAUAUAAUAAUAGAGAAUAUUUUGAUCUUGAUCUCACGAAUAUCGUGUAUUAUCAGUUACACCUGGAAUUCUGGAAUAAUGAUGAAACACAUUAGCAUCCACAUCCAUCAAUCUUCUGCAUGCUCAAUUAAUUUAUCUUGUCAACAUUCUAGCAAAACCAACCACAAAAAGAACUAUCAGUUGUCACUAAUUUAUUAAAAAAAAUAUUUUCAGCAAACUAAACUGCAUAUAAACACAAUUUAUAAUUUAUAGAGAGCUGCAUAUCUCCUAAAGGAAAAAAUAGUGCUUUUUUACCUAAUAACAACAUAGACAAAUAAUGAAAGGAGCAUACUUCCAUACAACUCAACUCAUUCUAUCUUGCAGAUUCCUAAUUUGUGAACUGAAUCUAUGCACCAAUCAAAAUAGUAGUUGGUAAGAAAAUAAUCAUGUCAAAAUCAAGCUUUAGUUAAAGAUUUAAUGAGGAGAAAUUCACCAUAAUGAACAAACAAAUGUCAUUGCAAACGUGUAGAAAUUGAAAAAACAUCAAAAUACACAACAGAGGAACCGCCACCGUCAUUUUCUUUCUUCUUCGUGACCUUUAUAAAACCCCCAAUUAUGUUCCCUUCUACUUAUAAUCUCCUUGCUACCUACUAAUUACUAACCAGAUCAUCAUCUUAUAGCUAGCUAGUAGCAUGUCAAUCAUGAACAUAAGUAAUAUAAUGAACAACCCUCACAACUCUACUUUCCAUUUCAACAUCUAAGGAAUCGGGUUGCAAUAGACAUUUAAGUAAAAGAUCAAUUAUUCAACCAAAGGACAUAUACCCUAUGCCCAACCAAUUAUCCUUUCUAAUCAUAUAUUACCUAUUUACAUAAAAGUAUAUGACGUAAUAGAGAACAUAAAACAACUCCGUGAAAACGAAGAAGAAAUACAUUCGCUCAUCAAGUGGAGAAAUUUAUCAUCCAGCAGUUUUAAUUUGGAAGAAAUUAAGAAAAUAAUGGAAAAAAGAGUGACCAGUUGCCAGCUUCAGAUCAAGGAGGAAAAGGGAGCAGUCGACAAUCCUCGGUUUGGUUCACCUCGUUUUCGCAAUGAUAGGAUGAACUGCUUUCAUCAACAGGUUAAAAUAUGUUACAACUGCUCAAAAUUUUGCCAUCUAAUCCUUUCCUCGUGCACCUCCCUCCUUCUAUUCUCCUAUAAAGAAAAAAAAAACUGCAUAUGCAUUACCAUUUCCUUCUCUAUCUAAUUUCUUAUUUCAACGUUGGAUUUUAUUUCUAGAGAGACAAUCAAAAUGGUUAAAUGGUAGAGAUAAAUUAAAAGGUUGUAUUCAUAAUUAAUAUGUUUUUCAUUUAAACGGAAUGAAUAAGAAGUAUUUUA